GAUCUGGCAACACUGGCUUCAGGGAAGUUGUUUGUUUUUUUUUAUUUGUAGGUUAUUUUUCUGUCAAAUCUAUUUUGGACAUUGAAAAUUGAAAUAGGAUUUUAUUGUUUUAAUUGGGCGUUGUAUAUAUUUAUUCAAUUUAUUUCAUCAAAGGAAAUGACCGGCUAUAUAAAUAAAUAACUAUUUUAUAACGUGUCGUUAUAAAAUUUGUUUUUCAGUGAAUUUCUUUAAUGGAAACAACAGGCAGCCAUGGCCAAUGAACCUUUGGUAGUCCAAGCUGUUUUUUCCUACAAAAGAACCAACAAUGAUGAGUUAAACUUCAAAAAGGGUGACAUCAUUACUGUCACCCAAAGAGAUGAUGGUUGGUGGGAAGGUACCCUGAAUGGCGAGACCGGAUGGUUCCCUAGUAAUUUCGUGAAGGAGUGUAAAGAUGCACCCAAACCAGUCAUCAACCAACAAAAUCAGUACAAAGGUGUGGUAUUAAAGGAUCUAGUUGACUCAGAAAAAGCGCAUGUUACCGAACUUGAAGGCCUAGUCACAAAUUUCUUGCAGCCACUCGAGAAAAGUUCCAUUUUAACUCCAGAUGAGUACAAACAACUCACUGGUAACAUCACAGAGGUUUUAGAGACUCACCAACAGUUGUUGAACCUCAUAGAAAUAGAAUCUAACAAACCGGGGCAAGAUCAAAAAGUGGGAAAAUUGUUUCUGAAUUGGGCUCCCAGAAUAAAGAACAUUCAUCAGGCUUACUGUUCACUACACCCAAAAGCCGUAUGCAUUCUGGACAAGUACAGGGAUGAACUUACCAAAUACAUGGAAUCUAAAGGGGCAUCUAGUCCAGGUGUAUUAGUCCUAACAACAAUGUUGAGCAAACCUUUUAGAAGAUUAGACAAAUACUCUGGUAUGCUCCAAGAGCUAGAAAGGCACGUCGAAGAAUGCCAUCCAGACAGAGGCGACACUCAACGAUCUGUCAGCGUAUAUAAAGAAAUAGCCGCAACUUGUUCGGCCACCAGAAGGCAAAAAGAAUUGGAACUUCAAGUACUGACAGGUCCCGUGAAAGGUUGGGAAGGUCCUAGUCUUACGACGUUGGGCGAUAUUAUUUACAUGGGUUUGGUUUCUGUGGGGCCGCAACACAACGAUAGAUAUUUCGUGUUGUUUCCGUCCACGCUGUUGAUACUCAGCGUCAGUCAUAGGUUAAGCGCUUUUAUCUACGAGGGUAAACUCUUCCUGUCUGGUUUGACCGUGACAAGACUCGAAGACACUGACCAAUACAAGAACGCCUUCGAAAUCAGCGCCCCCAUGAUCGACAAAAGAAUUGUAACGUGCCAAAAUAAGGACGACGCCGAUCAUUGGACUGAACUGCUUAGAAAACAAAUGCCCAGGGUGUCAACAGCGUCGACGGUCAGCCAAAAGGUGGCGCCAUCGCAGGCGCAGUUCGUUCCACAGCCGCCUCCGCACAUGACCCCACUAAUAUCGGCAAGCGGGACCAAUCUACCGAAUAACCAUCACCAUCGCCAAGGCAGCAUCCAUUCCAGCACGCCGGCGCUUUCGUCUUCGAUUCCCGCAUCGACUCGUGGUUGGUCAGCCGUCUGCGUCCGUCCUACCCCGCCACUACGCCCCUCGCUGGCGCUCGGUACUUCCCCCAAUGGGCCGUACGCCAGGUACAACAGCAGAAGGCCGAUGAGCUACAAGGAGGACGGGUUUAUUUUGGACGUCAUUGAGGCGUAUUGCUCCGCUAUGAAGCCCAGAAGCACUGUUAAUUCAGUGAACGUCAGCGAAGCCACCAAAUACGAGCUGACCAAAGCCGUCCCAGAAGCCAUCCAACAGCUGCAAUCGAAGAUCAGUAUCCUAGAGUACAACGUUACCGCCCUGACAUCACAGCUCGGCGACGAGAAAGAAGCUCGAUCGAUGCUACAAAACAUCGUCAAGAACUUUCUAGUCGCCAAUUCCAGCGAUUUCGACAAGAUACAAUGGCCGGCGAUAGAAAGCAAUAUUUGAGAUUUUUGUUUGAGUUUUUGUUCCGAACGCGGCAAAAUCUCACACCUUUAAUGUACCUUUGAAGAUAUGUUGAGUAUCAGUUUAAAUUGUGAUAUUUUUUACAAUAAUUUAUUUGCUUGUAUGACUGAACCGAAUUAUCUGUGCCACUCUGUAUAUUUACAAGAAUUGUGCAAUGACGAUAAAUGACGGUAAAUGACGAUAAAUGACGAUUAAUAACGAUAAAUAACGAUACAUGACGAUAAUUGACAAUAAAUGAACAAAAAUUAAAGGCAUUUACAUUAAAACAUCUUAAAAUUAUUUAUAUUAAUUUAUUUGCUUCUAUGACUUUGAACUGAAUUUUUUGACACCCUGUAUAGUUACAAGAAUAGUGCAAUAUAACAAAUGAUGAUAAAUAAAUAAAAAUGAAAGACAUUCUCAUUAAAAUGUCUUAAAAUUAUUUAUAUUAAUUUAUUUGUAUAGGUUACUUUGACGUCCCAAUAGCAUAUUAAAAUUUUAAGAAAUUCUGUCGGUGAGGAAAAAUUAUUAAAGGUGUGAGAUAGUGUCUUUUUAAUAUCGUGAGAUAACGACUCUUUAAUAUCGUCAUAUCGUUUUUUUAAAUAUCGUGAAAUAUCGUCUUUUUAAUAUCCAUUUUCAACUAUAUCCUCCAGAUUCAAUGUAACUGUCACGUUCUUUUCGAUCCAUCGAGCCAACGUUCCCCAGAUUUAUCACUGUUGGAUUUAUUUUCUUGGGACAUUUGUAAAAACAAUUUCCAUUCUAUUUUAGGUUUAUUUAUUAUACCAUUCCUGCUAUGAUAAGGGCAAGUUUUAAGAGCUGGAAGACCUUCAGCUGAUUGGCAAUCGUUCAAUCCUCUUAAUUAAGGAUAAUUUGCUCUUGUAUUUCCUUUGACAUUCAAAUCUAAUUCGUUUUAAUUAUGAUUGAUGUCUGGUUUUAUCGAUAGCUUAUCUGAAAUGUCGCCAAAUAAAAAAUUUGAUGGGGUUAAAUCUGGUGACCUGGUCGAAUAUUUGAUUCACUGUUUAAUUAAUACGAUAUUUAAAAAAAUGGUUGAUUUGCCGUACCCUUUAAACGAUUUUGUUGCUGAACGUCUGACAGUUUGGAAUUCUCACAGGGGAGUACAACACCAGAUUCCUCAAUUCGAUGAGAUUUACCCAUACCUUUAUGAAACUGAGUUUUCAUUGUAAAUUUUACGGAUCCUGUACUAAAAAAAUAAAAAAAAAUAUUUUCUCGUUUGGAACAAUGGCUCUUAAAUUUGUGUUAUUUUAAUUCUAUUUAUUUUAUCCCAUAGUUGUAUGUUUCUUUGAAAUAUUUAUUUUUAUAGGUAUUUGUGUAGAUGUCCGAGACAUUUGAUAGCGUAUUGUCACUUGUUUUCGUGUAUAUUUGUAAAUGCGACAGUUUUUUAUAGUAAAAAGAAGACAUAUAUUUUUAAAUAAAAACGUACAAAUUAA